AUGAUAAAACUCAAAGAGGAAGAAGAGUACCAAAAAUUUGCAAGUGAAGUCAAUAACCAUUAUAACAAUCGAAAAUGUUAUAAAUGCGGUUCAAAUACAUGUAAACUUAAGGAAAAAUGGGGUUGUCUGUUCUUUUCCUGCAUGUAA